UACGCUUCAUGUUGUUUGUUAAUCGUUCCAGACUAUGCGGUAAACACGUUCUAGUCAGUGAAUCCAAUCGAACACUGAGUCAAUUUGGCAUCGAAAAUUGUGUACACAGUAAACUCUGAUGACACGAUUUGGUAGAAUUAUGCAGAGCGAAAGAAAACUAAGAGGAAUCAGAGCAGCGGUAUCGACGCACAGCUGAGACGUGUUAAUUGGUUGUUGAUAACAUGACUCUGUCUAUCAAAACCGGAGUGACUGUUUUGCUUCUUUGUGUGUUGUGAAGUGCAAAUUACUUUAUGAUGUUGCUUGCUGGAAGGAGAUUCUUGCAGGCCAAACAGCCGUACAACCCUGUCCUUUCCUACUGUUUUCGACAAAAGAUAAUAUUUCUCGCCGUUGUGAUAAGGAGGGUAACUGGCAAGAGAUGAACAUAACAAAAUGUCACAGACUUACACCAAAGGAAGCAGCUGAUAAAGGAAGGAAGGCAUCUAACACACCAACGAAGAAACAGGAUGACUCUCUUACUCAUGCUCAGCGUGUGCAGCGGUUGUAUAUCGCUCUCUCUUGGAUCGAAUUUUUUGUCCUGCUGCCAGUAUUCAUACUGAUCUGCAUCGUCAUGGGCCGUGAAAAUGAUCGAUUUAUUUUGCAUAAUCAUCUUAUCUUGGCGUUUAUUCUUCGCAUCAUCACUCUAUUCAUUUAUCACUAUGGGAAAAUGGGAGAGACAGAUUCGAACACGGCCGUUUGUAAUGCAUUCUGGUUAUUAAACCGCUACUUUGCGGCUUCGGAGAUAACGUGGAUGCUCAAUGAAGGGGUUUUUCUAUUGCGCAUGCUCGCGUAUCCCUUUGACAGCGAGUCAUAUCUAUGGUACUAUUAUGUCUUCGGUUGGGGUUUUUCCGGUUUUCUGACGUUCUGUGUGUACCUUCCAUACAUGCAGUUUAAGAUUUCAAGAGUUUUUUCAAGUUGUUGGGUGAGACACAGUCAGUCAGAGCACAUGCUGGUGUUGUAUGUUCCAUUAUCCAUCAUGCUGCUGAUCAACUGUGGAGUUGCAGUCUACGUAAUUCGAAUGCUCACCAAAAAACUCAAGAACUCUCAUUCAUCACCAAUGAAUGCUAUCAAGAAAAGUUCCAAGGCGCUGGUGGUUCUGGUAUCACUCCUGGGAGUAAUCUACCUUCUCGUUUUCUAUCAGCCAGGGAACAAUCCUUCUUACGAUUAUUUCGUGGCUAUUGCUUAUCCCUUCCAGGGAAUCAUGGUUUGCAUAUUUUGUGUUUUUCUGAGCGCGGAGUUUCGUGAAGCGCUCAAACGACGCUGGAUGAAAUGGAGAUACGGAAUACUUAUAGAAACGAAUCCAUACUCCGCAAACGCGGGAAAUGAGGAAGAGCCUGGCCCAUCUUAUGAACCGGAAAGAGCAAGAAGUACGACAAGAACAGAGUCCUCAGUGGAAUUACCUCCUAGAGCUCUUUCAAUUGCAUCUUUGCGACAGCCAACAAGUGACCAGCUUCCAGAUGAACAUCCUCGUAAGCAAAGCACAGAGAGAUCUUUAUUGUCUCGCUCGAGUGAUCUCACAAAAUUUCGCCUUGCCAAGGUCGAACCGGAGCCAGUCGUGCCUGUAAGGAUACAGUCAGCAGGUCCAAGGGAUUGGUGCCCACCAACGCUACAAGCAGUGAAAGCCUGGGCAAAAGUCGAGUCUUCAGAGAAACCUGACACAACAGAUCAAGGUCAUUCAAAUGAAGGUUUUUUUGGUAGUAAGGUUUCCCUCUGUAGCAACGUCUCUCGUGAUCCGCCAAAACCAGCUGCAACGGAAGUGGUGGGGUCCAACGCACUUCUAUCUCAAAAUGAAUUGAAAUCAGAAACAAAGGAUUCCGAAGAACCUGAACAGACCGACCAACCUGACGAUGCUACUCAGGGCGACCCAACUAAAGUUUCAACGCCACAACAAACAGAAGACCAGUUUUUGGUGACUUCAAAUCAGGAGUUUGAUAAUGACGAUGCUACACAGGAUGACCCAACAAAAGUUUCAACGCCACAACAAACAGAAGAUGAGUUUUUGGUGACUUCAAGUCAGGAGUUUGAUAAUGACUCUCUAGCCUCGAUGGCGCUACCAGAAAUGGGGCUUGCUCUGGAGAGUGAAAUGUUGACAGCCAGAGUAGGCGCAAGUGUUUCUCAAGAUGCUCAACCGUCAACAGGCAAUGAAGAAUUAAAUGAUUCUGUUCAAGGAAUGACUUUUUGGAGUAGGGCGCGACAAUUAGCUUCCCGAAGAAGGAGAUCGCGAAUUGAACACAACAAAGUGAUAUCUACAGAGGGUGGUUCAUUAGAGUUCCAUUCAUCGCACGCAGAUAGAUUCAAACAAGCUGAGGAGUAUCGCUUAGCGUGGAUCUCAAGUAUUCUUCAAGGGAAUAAAACACGCGAAGACGAAAGUGAUGUGUAAAUGUUAUUUGCAAGAAACCACCCUCUUUCGAUUAUAAAGCAUGACAGUGUGACAGCGUGACAGUGCCACGAAGCAAGAGUGUUAAAGUAUGCUACAAAACGGAUUUGUUUCAUUCUGAUAUGAAAUCCUCAUUCGUUUACUAAGAUAAUGUGUCGAAGACUCUGUAUACAUAAAUAAUGAACGAAAAAGUAUUUAUUAACAGUUUGUCAAUUUUAAGAAAUCGUUAUUUAAUUUUCUUUACUUCCUCCAUCAUAUUGUGCCCUACAUUUAGAGCUGAAGGUAUCCAUUUUUAAAGACAAUUUGUUAGUCAAAGCAGACAGGGUGAAAAGCUUGUAAUUUGACCGACUGUUGUUUUUCUCAAGAGUUUGAGGUAACUGCGUUUUAUUACACAGCAGUGUCUGUGUGAAUUGGUAAGCUGUGACCAAAACAUAGAAAAUGCUUUGAAUUACUAUUAAUAGCGGCUUUUGAUUGGGUGUCGAAAGUAUCACGGACUUACUUUGGCUUUACCUUCCUUCGCUUUGUGAUUGGUUAAAAAAAAUUCGCACCACCCUCUUAACCAAUUAGAUGUGCUAAAUUAAAACCAAUCGGGACUUUGUUUCGCGUGUUUUCCCGCUCUUGGCGCCGGGUGCGUGGGUGUCACUUAGACUUGUAAUUGGCUUAUUGAGUUUACUUUUUGUUGCACGGCACUCAAUCAAAUGGCGCUCUAUGGAAUCGGAUUGAAUAUUUUAAAAGGAGGAGAUUAAUACUUCCAGCAGAUUUAUGCUCCGCCACUUUCUAUAGUGAGAGAAAUGUGUGUCUUACGUACAGUCAAAAGAGUUUAAAAUUAUGUUAUCUAUACCCCGAAAUCAGAUAUAUGAAUAAAGACACAUGUAACAAAUGCUAA